UCCAGCUGCCCCCAGAUGUGGGCUGGGCGGCGCGCGGGGAACUUUCGCGCCGGCUGCGAGUGCGGGGCCCCGGCUGCGGUCCGGCUGCCAUGGAUCCGCCGGCGGGAGCCGCUCGCCGCCUGCUCUGCCCUGCGCUGCUGCUGCUGCUGCUGCUGCUGCCGCCGCUCCUGCUGCCGCCUCCGCCCGCGGGCGCCCGGCUCGCCGCCACCGCCGACCCCCCAGGCGGGCCCCUGGGGCACAGAGCGGAGCGCAUCCUGGCGGUGCCGGUGCGCACUGACGCCCAGGGCCGCUUGGUGUCCCACGUGGUGUCAGCGGCAACGGCUCAGGCAGGGGUACGGGCCCGCAGGGCCGUCCCCGUCCAGACCCCGGGCUUCCCUGGAGGCAGCGAGGAGGACCCUGGCGGCCGCCUGUUCUACAAUGUCACGGUCUUCGGCCGAGACCUGCACCUGCGGCUGCGGCCCAACGCCCGCCUUGUGGCGCCCGGGGCCACGGUGGAGUGGCAGGGCGAGUCUGGCGCCACGCGCGUGGAGCCCCUGCUCGGGACUUGCCUCUACGUCGGAGACGUGGCCGGCCUGGCUGAAACCUCCUCUGUGGCGCUCAGCAACUGCGAUGGGCUGGCUGGCCUGAUCCGUAUGGAGGAGGAGGAGUUCUUCAUUGAGCCCCUGGAGAAGGGGCUGGUGGCAAAGGAGGCUGAGCAGGGCCGCGUGCAUGUGGUGUACCGCCGGCCACCCACCCCUAGGUCCCCUCCUCUGGGGGGGCCACAGGCCCUGGACACAGGGGCCUCCUCGGACAGCCUGGACAGCCUCAGCCGUGCCCUGGGCGUCCUGGAGGAUCGGGUCAACAGCUCCAGGCGCAGGGCACGCAGGCACGCUGCCGAUGACGACUACAACAUCGAGGUCCUGCUGGGCGUGGAUGACUCUGUGGUCCAGUUCCACGGGAAGGAGCACGUGCAGAAGUACCUGCUCACGCUCAUGAACAUCGUGAACGAAAUCUAUCAUGACGACUCCCUGGGGGCCCACAUCAAUGUCGUGCUGGUGCGGAUAAUCCUGCUGAGCCACGGGAAGUCCAUGAGCCUCAUUGAGAUUGGGAACCCCUCUCAGAGCCUAGAGAAUGUCUGCCGCUGGGCCUACCUCCAGCAGAAGCCAGACACAGGCCACGAUGAGUACCACGAUCACGCCAUCUUCCUCACACGGCAGGACUUCGGGCCUUCGGGCAUGCAAGGCUAUGCUCCUGUCACUGGGAUGUGCCACCCCGUCCGCAGCUGCACCCUAAACCACGAGGAUGGCUUCUCCUCGGCCUUCGUGGUGGCCCACGAGACUGGCCACGUGCUGGGCAUGGAGCAUGACGGGCAGGGCAACCGCUGUGGCGACGAGGUGCGGUUGGGAAGCAUCAUGGCGCCCCUGGUGCAGGCAGCCUUCCACCGCUUCCACUGGUCCCGCUGCAGCCAGCAGGAGCUGAGCCGCUACCUGCACUCCUAUGACUGCCUGCGAGACGACCCCUUUGCCCAUGACUGGCCGGUGCUGCCCCAGCUGCCCGGGCUGCACUACUCCAUGAACGAGCAGUGCCGCUUCGACUUUGGCCUGGGCUACAUGAUGUGCACUGCGUUCCGGACCUUCGACCCCUGCAAGCAGCUGUGGUGCAGCCACCCUGAUAACCCUUACUUUUGCAAGACCAAGAAGGGGCCUCCCCUGGACGGGACCAUGUGUGCACCUGGCAAGCACUGCUUUAAAGGACACUGCAUCUGGCUGACGCCUGACAUCCUCAAACGGGACGGCAACUGGGGUGCCUGGAGUCCAUUUGGCUCCUGCUCACGCACCUGCGGCACAGGUGUGAAGUUCAGGACCCGCCAAUGCGACAACCCACACCCGGCCAACGGGGGCCGCACCUGCUCCGGCCUCGGCUACGACUUCCAGCUCUGCAACCCGCAGGACUGCCCCGACGCCCUGGCCGACUUCCGCGAGGAGCAGUGCCGGCAGUGGGACCUGUACUUCCCGCAUGGCGACGCCCAGCACCACUGGCUGCCACACGAACACCGGGACGCCAAGGAGAGAUGCCACCUCUACUGCGAGUCCAAGGAGACCGGGGAGGUGGUGGCCAUGAAGCGCAUGGUGCACGAUGGGACGCGCUGCUCCUACAAGGACGCCUUCAGCCUCUGUGUGCGUGGGGACUGCAGGAAGGUGGGCUGUGACGGGGUGAUCGGCUCCAGCAAGCAGGAGGACAAGUGCGGCGUGUGCGGCGGGGACAACAGCCACUGCAAAGUCGUCAAGGGCACCUUCACACGCUCACCCAAGAAGCUUGGUUACAUCAAGAUGUUUGAGAUCCCAGCAGGAGCCAGACACCUGCUUAUCCAGGAGGCAGACGCCACCAGCCACCACCUGGCCAUCAAGAACCUGGAGACAGGCGAGUUCAUUUUAAAUGAAGAGAAUGGCGUGGAUCCCGACCCCAAGUCCUUUAUUGCCAUGGGAGUGGAGUGGGAAUACCGGGAGGAGGACGGCCGGGAGACGCUGCAGACCAUGGGCCCCCUCCAUGGCACCAUUACCAUCCUGGUCAUCCCACAGGGGGACGCCCGCGUCUCGCUGACCUACAAGUACAUGAUCCACGAGGACUCGCUCAACGUGGACGACAACAACGUCCUGGAAGAUGACUCCGUGGGCUACGAGUGGGCCCUGAAGAAGUGGUCCCCGUGCUCCAAGCCCUGCGGCGGAGGGUCCCAGUUUACCAAGUACGGCUGCCGCCGGAGGCUGGACCACAAGAUGGUGCACCGAGACUUCUGCGACACCCUCCUGAAGCCCAAAGCCAUCCGCCGGGCCUGCAACCCCCAGGCGUGCUCCCAGCCCGUGUGGGUGGUGGGCGAGUGGGAGCCGUGCAGUCAGAGCUGCGGGCGGACCGGCAUGCAGGCACGCUCCGUGCGCUGCGUUCAGCCUCUGCACAACAACGCCACCCGUGCCGUGCACAGCAAGCACUGCAACGACGCCCGGCCUGAGGGCCGCCGCGCCUGCAACCGUGAGCUCUGCCCCGGCCAGUGGCGGGCUGGGCCCUGGUCCCAGUGCUCCGUCACCUGUGGCAACGGCACCCAGGAGCGGCCGGUGCUCUGCCGAACCGUGGACGACAGCUUCGGGGUCUGCCGGGAGCCGCGGCCUGAGACGGCAAGGAUCUGCAGGCUCGGCCCCUGUCCCCGGAACGUCUCCGACCCCUCCAAGAAGAGCUAUGUGGUUCAGUGGCUGUCCCGACCGGACCCCGACUCACCGAUCCAGAAGACCUCGUCAAAGGGCCGCUGCCAAGGCGACAAGUCAAUGUUCUGUAGGAUGGAAGUCUUGUCUCGCUAUUGCUCCAUCCCAGGCUACAACAAGCUGUGCUGCAAGUCCUGCAACCUACACAACAACCUCACCAACGUGGACAACAGGGCAGAAGCCCCACCCGGGAAGCACAAUGACAUUGAAGAGCUCAUGCCCACCCUCCCAGUGCCCACGCUAGUCAUGGAGGUGCAGCCUCCCCCAGCCACGCCCCUGGAGGUGCCUCUCAAUGCCUCCAGCACCAAUGCCACCGAGGAUCACCCCGAAACCAAUGCCGUCGAUGUGCCCUACCAAAUCCACGGCCUGGAGGAUGAAGUUCUGCCACCCAAUCUAAUCCCCCGACGCCCAAGCCCGUAUGAAAAGACCAGAAACCGAAGAAUCCAAGAGCUCAUUGAUGAGAUGAGGAAGAAGGAGGUGCUUGGAAAGUUCUAAUAAAAUGGAAAGAUAGCGUCAAUAGCAUUUUUUUUCUUGCUUAUAGAGAUAUUCCAUGGGAUGGCAAAUCCUGUGUCAUGGAGAUGAAGUAAAAAUUCCUGAUUCCAAAAGGAAACAAAGAGGGAGAAUGACAUAAAAAAAUACAUAUGUGGUUGUGAGCAUGUGGCACUAGGUUAGCACACGUGUUUCCCAGCCCUGGAAUGUUCUAAGUCCUGCACUGGGGUUGGGUGUGGGGUGGAGAGGAAUACAGAGGUUCCACAGCCUCUGUCAGUCGGGGGGGGCGGGGGGCAGGAGGGCAAGGCAGAGAGAGAAAAUGUUCGCCCUGAGCUUCUGGGCCGUGAUUGGGAAUCUUCCUUUCCUUGGUGGUGACAACCCUUCUGGAGACUCAGGACCUUUCCUACCGGUCUCCAAACUGAGGCACAAACCCCAUGGGGACUCUUAAGAGAAACAGUGAUUUAUUUACUAACUGACUAGUCACUAAGAUGAGCACAAUGAAGUGGAGGCCGUGAACUCCAGUGCCUUCAAGGCCCAGGCGGGUGGCGAGGAUGAACGUGGUGGCCGGCUGGGACCGUGACCAACGGGAGAGCCACGCCCUGCUGGAGCUGAUGGUCGGCUCCAGCCACUGCCGCCUCUGUGAGAGCUGGCGCCUGCUGCCAGAUGGUGUGCUUUUCCAGAAGAAGUCUAGAUUUUUGUGUGAAAAUUCUCAAUCCUUAAAGGUCAACUCAGAAUGUUUCAAGGUGGUUGGGGUCUAUCCGAGCCUAGAGCUGCCAGUCUCGGCUUGAUGCAGUCUUGCACAUUAAGGACUUAGGGAAAGCCGCCUGACCUAGUUGGUGCUCACGCGCUGCGUUUGAAUCUCUCAGCCGAGUUGGAGCCGUGAAGCGUCUCUUUCUUCCUGGGAAAGUACUGAGAAUCCUCCACCUGGGACUUGAGGCUAGAUCUGCCCAGUGGGCCACAUUUCCUGUGCCAGAAGACAGCAGGGAGCUCUCCGGGGCUCCCCCGGCCUCUCUCUUCUCCUCUAAGCCUGGCCUUGCUUGCUGCUUUGAGCCAGCCUGGCCUCAGCACUAGCUCCCCAGAGUUCUCUCUCCCUCCCCAGGUGCACUGGAAGGAUGUGCUGUCCUGGACAGUCCACUGAGUGGUCCAGGCCCUGAACCUCCCUCCUGGAGGGGUAGGGGUGCUGCCACCAGGGUGGCCACAUCCGAGGGUUCUGAGAUGAGGCCUUGUGGGCUGAGUUUGCUCCUCCUAAAGACCAGCUUCACUUGUGGGGGAUGGGCUUUCCCUGUCUAGCCCUGUGGUGCCCCCUCAGCCCCACCCCCUCUUCCUUCCAGAACCCAGCAGGGCUGUGCAAGACUUGGCCUCCGAGGGGAGGUGUGGGGUGGGAGCGGGCAGCCUGCUUUAUCUUUUGCUUUUUCCAAACUUGAACAACUACUUUCGGCAGAAUGGUGCUUUGUGAGCGAGAUGUGAAAUAGGAAGGGAGUGGGGUGGGUGGGAGGACAGUGGCUAAUGGUACUUCUCCCUGAAUGUGCGGCUUAAACUUCCCCAAAUUACAAGACCCAGGGGCACAAUAGCUCCUUAGCUGGGCCUAGCCUGACACCUAAUUCUUAAGCUUUUCAUGUCCAGGAAAGUUCUGGAGCCUUUGUAUCCUUGCCAGUACUAGAUCUGAGAGAUCUCUCUCUUGUUUAAUUACCCUCUAUAUGGAUGACAAUACUGAGGCUCAGGAUAAUACCAUGAUGCCUACUUUCUACGGACUUUUGAGGUGCUAAGUGUGUCUGAGUCUGUGCGUGUGUGGCUGUGUCUCUGUGUGUGGUCUAAGGGACAAGUAAGGGUGCAGGAGACAGUGAGAACAAUCCCUGGGAUGAUGCUUAACCUUCCAACCGGCUGAUAGCGAGCCGCCCCCUCCACGGCGGACGCAGCCUGCCUUCCCACUCUGCCUCCAUGUCCCACACAUGCUCACACCUGUCCCGGUGCUGGCUCCUAAGAACCACACUGGACAAGGCAUUUUUGACCAUCUCCCCCAGUGUCACUUCCUCUUUAACAGGACGUGGUACAAAGCUCUUCUGCAGUCCUGUCUCUCCAUGAUGAGGACACGGACCCCGCACUCUCCCUCCUCUGGUGAACCCACGGCAGCUGGCGUGACCCACGGGCUGAAGGACUGGGCAGUUUUGCUUGGGUCUGGCCUAGAGUGUAGAGGAAGUUAGGGGUGACUAACCCGAACCAGAGAGUAUUACUUGGUUUACGCAGCCUGGGGGCCAUAGGAUGGGAACGCACUGUUCUCAGAUCCCAGCAGAGAAGGGCUGCAUGUCUUGGGGGCUGGAAGCCUUCAGGGAGAGGCCCCAGGUGGGACAUUCCCACGGGGACCUGUCUUCUGCUGGAGGGAGAGACGCCCUCUGGGAAAUGCAGGCAGUGUGGCCAUGGCCCCAUAUAUCAUACUCAGCGCCCUGGGCCAUGUGUCCGCAGAGUCCUGUAGGAGUAAAUGGUCUCAGAGGCCUCUGUCCAAGGAUUGCCGUGUUCGCCAGGCUCUGAGAAACUGCAAAUCUCCAUGGAGCUGGGGACCCGUGGGAGAGCCAGCUUAGCAAUAGUCCUGAGCUUCCAGAGCUAGUGUCCGUGUCUGAGGGGCUCCAACAGCCGGGGGGGCUGUGGAGGUCUUCUAGCUGAGGUUUUGUGACUCCGAGGGCCUCUCUGUCUGCGGCUCCAGAAAAUCAGCCAAGGGGCCUGAGAGUCACUUCGUGUUCACAGGGAGACGUGUGCUAGAGUUUGGGACCUGGCUUUCUGCUCUUCUCCUUUUGGAAAACCCAUGGAAUUUCACAUAUAAGCCUUUCAUUUGUAUCUUAAGAGUUUUGGUUUAUUUGUUUAUUUGGGGUAUAUAAAUGGUGCUCAAUAGCGAAGCCUUUCUCAGAUGAAGUGUUAUGACUGUGUGCUCCUGUGUGACAGGCAGCCACCACAGGCAUCAUCACGGUGCUGAACUCACAUUUUAUCCUCCGAUCACAGCAAUCAGUGCAUUUGUUUUCUGUGUAGUGAAAGUUGGCUCCUAGAUUUUGUAACUUAUUAAAGUCACUGUCUAUGUCUGCA